AGCAGCCAUUGGGGAAGUGUACAGGGCUUUAACGUAACCGAGGAGCGCUCUCUCUGUGGAAUUAAAAAAAAAAAAAGACUGAGUAAAAGACAACGAAGACUGAAAUAUUCAAGAUCCCCAGGGUGUUACUCGGCGACACAUGAGUCCUUACCUUGAAAAACUGAACUAGGACUUGAAAGCUUUGGGACACAGUACCGAGGCGACUGACUUGAAACUGUGGAAGUUGGAAUAAAAAUACUCAGCUGAGCCUGCGCUGCUACCACUGCUAGCCUCACGCUAAGCGGCACUGCUAGCCACAUAGCCGACUCCAACUGAGCUGUGAACUUGCUCUCAAAAUCACCAGGGUUGAAAUUCAGACACAAGCUCGGGCUCCGUGACAAUCCAGGGACUUGCUUAAUGAAUUAUGUCUACCACAAGCAUUGACCCUCAGAGAACAAAGGGACAAGCAUCUAAAGUGCAAAAUGGUUCACUGCAUCAGAAGGAGACUGUCCAUGACAAUGACUUUGAGCCAUACCUCACUGGCCAAUCAACUCAGAACAACAGCUACCAGUCCAUCACCGAUCCCUACCUGUCAAGCUACUAUGCUCCCUCCAUUGGAUUUCCAUACCCUCUAAGUGAGGCUCCUUGGUCCACUGGUGGAGACCCCCCUAUUCCAUACCUCACGCCCUAUGGACCUUUGAGUAAUGGAGAUCAUCAUUUCAUGCCGGACACCGUGUUUGGCCAGCCAGGAGGACUGGGAAGCAGUAUCUACCCCCACAGGUUCAAUUUUUUUCCUGAAAACCCUGCCUUCUCUGCUUGGGGGACAAGUGGCUCCCAGGGCCAGCAGACUCAAAGUUCAGCAUAUGGCGGCAGCUAUAGUUAUCCUCCCAGCUCCUUGGGGGGCACUCUGGUGCCUGAUGGUCAGACGGGCUUUCACAAUGACACCCUGAACAAAGCCCCUGGCAUGAACAGCCUGGAACAGGGCAUGGUUGGGUUAAAAAUCGGCGGGGAUGUUCCCGGUCAGGGCUCAGGAGUCAAAGCCGUGGGGUCUGUGAUUGGCGGACCUGCGGUGGCGGCCACGGGAAAUGGCACCACGCCUAUUGGGAUGCCUCCACCUAAACUCACCUCUUGGGCAGCAAUCGCUAGCAAACCUGCCAAACCCCAGCUGCUGAAGGCUAAGGUGAAGCCAGGGAUGCCCAAUCCGGGGGGAGCUCUUCCCCCACCACCCAUCAAACACAACAUGAACAUUGGGACCUGGGACAAGGGCCCAGUGACUAAGGUAGCCCCAGCUCCACUGCAGCAACAGCAGCCUCUCGGCCUGCCUCAUGCCAUGCCACCUCAAGGACCCAUGCAGCCUCCUCCCCAGUCCUUAGUGCAACCCCAGAUGCAGCCGAUGGCCUUACAGCCCCCCCACCACCAGCACCAUCAGCCACCGCCUCAACCCUACCAAAAUCACACCCAGCCACCUCAGCCCCAGACCCGCUGGGUCGCUCCACGCAACCGGAACCAGGGUUAUGGGCAGGGUGGCCCUGGCCAAGAUGGAAGUGGUAUGAUGGGAGUGGUUGGUGUCGGGCACAACGGUCCUCAAACCUCUGCUUGUCCGGGGUCUAGCAUUGAGUCCCACCCGGUGCUGGAAAAGCUGCGUGCCUCCCAUAGUUACAACCCCAAGGACUUUGACUGGAACCUGAAGACUGGUCGUGUUUUCAUCAUUAAGAGCUACUCUGAGGACGACAUUCACCGUUCCAUCAAGUAUUCCAUCUGGUGCAGCACGGAGCACGGCAACAAGCGCCUGGACUCGGCCUUCCGGGCCAUGAACGGCAAAGGCCCAGUGUACCUUCUCUUCAGUGUCAACGGCAGCGGUCAUUUCUGYGGCGUGGCAGAAAUGCGCUCGCCGGUGGACUAUGGGACCAGCGCUGGYGUUUGGGCACAGGACAAGUGGAAGGGCAAGUUCGACGUGGACUGGUUGUUUGUUAAGGACGUGCCUAACAGCCAGCUGCGCCACAUCCGCCUGGAAAACAACGACAACAAGCCGGUGACCAACUCCCGCGAUACACAGGAAGUCCCUCUGGAGAAGGCCAAGCAGGUGCUCAAGAUCAUUGCCACCUACAAACAUACCACCUCCAUCUUUGAUGACUUCUCCCAUUAUGAGAAGAGGCAGGAGGAAGAGGAGGAGGUGCGCAAGACUUUUGAACCUCCUCAGAUACAGAACCGCUCUCGGUUGGAUCAGGAGCGCCAAAACAGGAAUAAACAAUAGAAGACUUUUACUCUUGGCUUGAUGAUUUACACUAGGACUCAAUUUAAAGACAGAAGAAUACGAUAAAGCAACCAAGCCCUUUUUUUUCUCCCCUUUUUAUUUAAUCCUGGUAAUUUUCUACCAUAGUCGAGACUUCUAUUUUUUUGUUUGUUUUUUUUCCAUCUGCCACUGAUUUUUGUGCAGCGAUAACAAGUUGAUUAAAUGUAUUACCUAGCAGCCACCACUCUAUUUAGUUUUUUUUAAACAUAUUUUUCUUCCUGUUCCAUCAUGUACUCCUCUCUCACCUGACGGGUUUUCUCUCCCUUGCCCCAACACCCCUUCCUCUGUGAAUUGAAUCAGGGUUUGACUGCACCGUGAAGAAGAAGAAAAACCUGCCACUUUAUAUUUCAGUACAAUCAGGAACAGAUGUGUCAUGCACCUAUUUGCCAUUUGGGGGCAACAUUGCCAUGUUUUUAUCUGUUAACUGUGCCAACAGGGUUGGAGGAUCCUAAAGGCAACGUCAGACUUGGAACUGGGAUAGUAAAACUUCAACGGUUUCUCUAUUUUUCAUUCAAAUCGACAAAAUCUCUAUUUUUUGGCUUACUACUGACAAUUUUCAUUUCCAAAACCUUUUCUUCUCAAGCCUUAUUCUUUUUUUUAAUUAUUAUUAUUAUCAGUGACUUUUCAAAAGAACUGCUCAAACAGUGACACUGCUGGCGAAAUCAGGGAUAGUGUGAAGUCACACGGGACUUGAAACAUUUCAAAGGAGGAAGUGCUGAAGCUUCUUGGAAAGACAUAACGGAUACGUCCUCCACAACCAGAACUCUGGCCAUUUAAAUUCAAAACAAGUUGUAGUAAAUCACACCUUUCAACCCCCAACAUUUGCUUUGUUUUGGUGUUUGUCUUCAGGAGAUGAUUCUUUUGUACACGACCCAGUCUGAGAGAACUGUCAUGUCCACCAUCUUAAACAUCUUUGUUAGAAUUAUGUAAUGAUGUAACAACUAAGUUGAUUGAAUUAUUUUUUCCCUCAAAAAAAGGGUAAGGGUUCACGUGUUUGUCCAUUCACCGUCAUUCUGUCUUAAUCCUUUCUUUGUUUUGUUUUUUUUCCUCCUCAGAUUUGUAAUGCUAAGCUUUAACGUAGGAGUCUAUAUAUUCAUGGAGAAGGCCUAAAAAUGUAUAAUCUAAAAAAAAAUUAAUGUAACUGAUUUACUAUCGAGUAAGAAAAAAAAAACGAGAAUGAACUACGGUUUCUGUGUGUUUUUCUUUGGUUUUAAUUAUAGUUUGCUUUAGCUUUGAACUGUUAAUUAUGAUACCGCAAAUCCUGAAAAAUAAAUAAAUUGGAAACAUUAAAAGAUAAAAAAUUAAAAAGAAAUGUAUACGUGCCCAUGCAUGGCAAUCGAAUGCAGUAUGUCAGCUGGAGAUGUUGAAGCCGGUGUCCUCCAGUUCUUGCCUUUAAGGUCACAGUGCUGUUUACCAGAUUAAAAAGGAAAGAAAAAAAAUUGAGCAGGGGGCGUCCCUGUGUUUGUGUUGCUCAUUUAGCAACUUCAAAGUCCCCAAACGCAGCAUUUAAUAAGUGGGUUCUCUUCCCCUUAAUUAGUUUGAUUGUUACCUCGAUAUUUUGUGGCUUGCAGGGUUACUCUUGACACAGAAAGACAUUGCUCACUAUCAUGCUUGCCUCCCCCCCUCUUUUGAAGAGAUCUUAUUUGUGUAAUGGUGUAAACAUUUAAUCUGAUGUAGCCUCAUAUAAGCUAGAUUCAUAUUUUUCAGAUUUCCAGUUUGAACGGUUUUGUGAGGAACUGACUGAACUGAAGCAAAUUGUCACCCCAGUUUAACUACUUGUGACCAGGAUAUGUUUUGUGUUUUCCAGAUUAGAGGAUGUAAAAUCUAUGAACUGCUUUUUUGAUUUUAUCUUUACCCCCCGGUUUAAACUUUGCUCUCAUACCAGUGAAAUGGCAAUGCACUUUGCUCAAAUUGCUCAAGUAUGAACUCRCAGAGAAGGUAAAUUUGUGUCCUUGGCCAGUGUCUGCCCUGUAAUGAUUAGCUUCUGUUUAUCAUUUUUGAAUCUGCACUAACUCAUAGUUUGAUCCAAGCAAUACGGGGGACAUGUCCAUAUGGAGAUGUUCAUCUUCACCAACCGCGUGAAGGCGAGAAGCUAAAGGAUGUCAGUGAGGACUGUAUAGCAACCACAGCCUUUUUAUUUCUUUUUAUUAUUAUUUUUCCCCUCAGGAAGUGUGAACUGGUUGUGAUUCUGGUGUAAGGCUUAUGUGCACGUUGGGUAAUAAUUGUAAGAUGUUUAAUUCARGGUUUGAUGUCAGGUCGGCCUUGAAAGUCACCACUGCUAAAGGAUCCAAUUACACAAAAUACUAAACKGAUUAUCUCUUAAAAAAUGACCACAACUGUAGUGGACACACCUUGUUCAAAGGAUUUAUCUUGGUUUUUCUUUAUAGAAGAAAUCAAGCCUUAAUAAACUGUCAGUUCAGAAAUGA